GAGGCUCCUGGGCCUCCUGAGGGAGCAGCGGGCCAGCGAAGGCGUCGCGGCGGCGGCGGGGGAGCGAGCGAGCGGCGGCGGCGAGGCCUGCGGCCCGGGACCAUGUUCACCAGCACCGGCUCCAGCGGGCUGUAUAAAGCACCUCUGUCAAAAGGCCUCUUAAUAAUACCGAGCACUCUCUCACUUCUGUUGGCUCUGCUCUUUCAACAUUAUCAGAAGUUCUUCACAUACAAUCUGCAAGCAGUAAAAGAGGAAUUUCAGGUUUGGAGACUUGUAUGUGGGAGAACAGUAUGUCUUGAUCUCAAAGACACAUUCUGUAGCAGCUUGCUCAUCUACAACUUCAGGAUAUUUGAAAGAAGAUAUGGCAGCAGAAAAUUUUCGUCAUUUUUGCUGGGCUCCUGGAUGCUGUCAGUAUUGUUUGAUCUUCUCCUUGUAGAAGCUGUUGAAUAUUCUUUUGGCCUCACCAUCAAUAGUUUGCCAUCGGGAUUCUUGGGCCCUGUAUUUGCUCUUUUUGUACCAUUUUAUUGCUCCAUUCCAAGAGUGCAAGUGACACAAAUUCUAGGCCAGUUUUCCAUCACAAACAAGACACUGGUCUAUAUAUUGGGUUUGCAGCUUUUAACUUCUGGGUCUUACAUCUGGAUUGUAGCUUUAAGUGGGCUGAUUUCUGGAAUGUGCUACAGCAGCAGCGUGCUAAAAGUGUACCAUGUACUUUGUGUACCCAGUGGUGUGGCGAGAAUAUUUGCUUGGACUCUUGAACCAAUUUUCUCGUCUGUGGAGCCAUCCAGUGAGAUAAGCGUUGGAAUGGGAGCAACUGUGGACAUACAGAGGCAACAAAGAAUGGAGCUAUUGGAUAGGCAAAUCUUGAUGUCUCAGUUUGCCCAGAUGAGGCAUCAAAGACAGCAGCAGGGUGGAAUGAUCAACUGGAAUCGUCUCUUUCCUCCUUUACGCCAUCGACGGAAUGCAAACUAUCAGGAUAAUCACCAGACAGAACAUGAGGUGCUACCUCCGGCUGAAGUUUCUGAAGAACAGGUCACACGGCUCAUGGAAAUGGGAUUUUCCCGACUGGAUGCUCUGGAAGCUUUGAGGGCUUCAAAUAAUGACCUUAAUGUAGCCACCAACUUUCUGCUCCAGCACUGAGCAGUGCCUGCACGAAGGAUUUGACUUUUCACGUUUGGUGUGCUGCCCAGAAGAAGACUUCAGCCAUUUACUGGAUAGACUUCUGAAUGUCUAAAUCCAGAAGAAUAAGCUGACUCCUCACAUGUGACAUAUCAGAGCAGAAAUGAUGGAUGGCACUGGACAUACCUGACUCUUGAAUGGUGAUUUGUACUGGCCAGAUUGCACUUGAAGAGUACUUUCAAUCGUACAAAUAGCUUGUAUUCAAUAUUUAUUUUGACAAAUUCUGUGGUUUUCCCCCCAAAACACACAACAACAACACAAAAUCAGCAUAAAAUAUUUUAUCAUUCCUAAUAACUAGGAACAGGAGGAAACCAAAAAGCGUGUACUAUGGCUCUUUUUGCAAAAAAAUACAGGUUUUCCAAUCUUGCAUCACUUUCCUUUUUCUGAUCUUUAACGUUUUUGAACAUUUCUUUCAUCUCCUGCAUCACAGCUCUAAGAAAUGUGAAUAAUUACUUAGCCAUGUGAUUUCAUUAAAGGGAGAGAGGACUGUGAUGUUCUUGUUCAGAGGAGUCUGUUAACAUUUCUGAAAAAUGUUAAUCUCCACUCUACCUUUCUCAACCUUUAAGUCAUCCAUGUAGCUAAACAGGGAUACUAAAAAAAUUAAGAGCAAUAUUGGCAAGUCACAGUAGAUUGGCCAUAUACAUCUAAUAAAAAAUGGUUAUACUUCACUCAAAAUAUGCGAAUGGAGAAAUAAAAAUGAACUAGUUUGGUAACAUUGCCAUCACCAUAUUUCCCCCCCCCCAUAAUAUCUCAGGUUUCUAAGAAAACAUGGAUCAGGCAUAGAACACUCGAUAGAAAUAAUGUAUCAUUGGUAUUCUGCUGGUGGGAUUUAACUGAAAAUAGGUUGCACAGCAGACACAACUAUUGUUGCCUCUUGUCACUUUUUAAAAGGGAAAGAAGAAGGGAGGGCAAGUACUGGGUUAAAGAUGAGUCCCUGUCUGAAAGGUUGAAGGCUACGCAUGUUGGUAUGUGCUUUGCUCUAUAUCUUAACCAAGAAAGAAGUACCAGGGCUAAAGCCCACCUGUAGCAUAUGCAUUUUAGGUGGAAUCUUUAUGCAGUUUAGGUGGAACCUUUGCAUCCUAAUGCCAGACAGAUGUGAGCUACUUGGGAUUACUCAGGAACUCUGUCCAUGCUGCAAGGCAUUGUUUUGUUUUCUGUGACUGAGUAUUGGCAUUCAGAAUAUGUUCUGUAUGAGUCGCAGCGAAUCUUGGCUCAAAUCAGUCCACACCUAGGCUACAUAUAUGCACAUUGUCUAUGGGCUGGAUCCAGAUCAGAUCACCUUUAUUGACCCAAGAGCUACAUUCACCCUUAGCCAACCCUUGGCAGAAGUAGUCGUGACCACCCCGCGUUCCUGUGUGUCUGCGUGCUCACAUAUAAAUAGGUACACAUCGCCCAUCUCCUCGGCUGACCUGCACAAAUCAACUGCAGAGAGUCUUUGCUCUCUCCAUGCUCGACAAACGAUUGAUCUGAUUGCGAGGAAAGGGGCAAAUUGAAUCAAGGUGCUGGACUGGUUAUAAAUCUUUCUGCCCACUCAAGUGCUAUGUCAACUUUUUUUCUUUUCGAGUCUUGGGGGAGGGGGUGGGCAAAAAAAUUGCUUGAGUGGCCUAAUACAUUCACUGUGCCUGGGAUUGAUCACUCGUGGCUUCGAUCUCAAGUGCUUUUUAAGUUGUUGACUUUAAGGUUCCAUGCCACCUUGAAGACUAGCUUAUGCCAUAAUAAAUUUAUUUGAAUGCCAUGGUGACUAAUGCUGCUUCCCUUCUCAAAUCUUCUUGAAAUCAUAAUUUUAAAAAUGCCUAUAAUAGCCACAUCAUAUCAGGGUUGGAUGCAGAACUUUGAGCCAUAAUUUAUUAAUAUUUCUGGGUAGCCUUUUAACCAAUUAAAGCCUUCUGUAUCCCAGUCACAGUCACAGUUAAACAAAAAUAUGAAUAUUACAAUUGUUAGCAUAGAAUGAAAACUCUGAAAACAGCAGCAAAGAAUGCCCGUGCACCCUUCCUUUCAAAUAAGCCUGCAUGGUGUUUCUCUUGUUUUUCAAAUACUGCGGUUUGUCGACUGUACAUCGUUAUCUUGGUGAUCUUUCAGGUUUCAAUGACUGCUGCUUGCAGUCUCGUGUGUAGUUAUGGCAUAUCUAAUUUCAGGAUCACACUUUUUAGGGUGUGUGUUUUGCUGAAAAAGAUUUAUAGCAAAAGUAACAUUUGUAAAAGCAAGUGAGAAAAAAAAAUCAACUGUUCAGAAAACACCCUCAACAAUCUUACUUGUAAUUUAUCAUACCGCAAUUGGUUUUAACGGACCACUAUAGGGAUUUCUUGAUUAAAAUGUUUUUAUUAUUUUA